AUGCCGCUCUCAGAUGUCUUUAAUCUAAAGAAGCAGCUCAUUGCAUAUGGCUCUCACCACAACAACAAGGUCAAUGUCGCUAUUCACAUGGUCUUUGUCCCCACCAUUUUCUGGACUGCUCUUGUAUUUGGUGCCAAAACGGGACCUCUUGUGAGCACUGCUGGUUUACCCAAGGUACUCAAGGAUGUUGGGCCCAACCUUAGCUUCUUUACCGUUGCUGGAUACAGUCUUUAUUAUACGAUCCUUGACCCAGUUGCAUCCUUGUUGUACGCUCCUCUAUUGUAUGGCAUGUGCUAUUCAGCUACUCGCUUCGAGAAAACCAAUCCCAAUGCUAUGAAGAUUGCCUUGGCAGGUCAUGUUGUUGCAUGGAUCUUUCAAUUCAUUGGUCAUGGUGUAGCAGAAAAGCGUCGUCCCAAGCUCGUGGAUAAUUUGGUACAAGCCCUUGUCUCUGCCCCUUAUUUUGUCUUUUUCGAAGUCUUAUUUGCCCUUGGUUAUCGUCCUUCGCUUCGUAAACAAGUUGAAGUUGAGGUGCAAAAAGACAUUGCCGAGUUCCGCGCCAAGCAGGAAAAGAAAGCUCAAUAA